CUCCUCAAAUCUCCACUGUCGCCAUCAGUAGCAAAAGCAAAAGGCGAAAGUGCAUUUCACCGACGUAAGGCGUAUGAUGAGGCCCGUCGUAAAAGUUCUAUUUUCAUCUCUCAUGUUGAUCCGCGUCGGCGUCCCAGUAUCACGGCAUCGGCAGUUGUUGGACGGCAGCGUACUGAUGCUGCCUCGUUGCGGGUCUCCAAGCGUGCCGAGGCCCGACGUCAGGUCAUGGACAAAAAUCGUGAUGGUCUGCACCCGUAG